AUGGCCUCCCUCCACGGAAUCAUGGUGGCCCUGAUCACCCCCUUCACAGACGACAAGACUGCAAUCGACGAAGGCCGUCUCCAAGCACACAUCGAGCACCUAAUCACAGCAGGUGUGCACGGCCUCGUCCCAGGCGGCAGCACAGGCGAAUUCACCACAAUGACAACCGCCGAGCGCAAGCAGCUAACAGAGCUCUGCGUGAAGUUCGCCGCUGGCCGCGUUCCCGUUGUAGCCGGCACAGGCAGCCUCUCAUCCGCCGAGGCGAUUGAACUCUCCGUGCAUGCUGCGCAAGCAGGCGCCGCCGCGACAAUGGUCGUGCCCCCAUUCUACGACCCCCUCAAUCUGGAACAGCUACACGAGUUGCUCUCUGAAAUUCACACUGCAUCGGGUCUGCCGAUUGUCUUCUAUAAUAUCCCUGCUGCAUCCGGGAUGACGCUGUCCCCCAUCGAGAUUGCAGGUCUGUCUAAGGUCGGCGUCAAGUAUCUAAAGGAUACUUCUGGUAAUGCCACAGCGCUUACUGAACUUAUCUUUGGUCUGUCGGAUCAGAUUAUCUCUUUUAAUGGGUGGGAUACUUUGACCUUCUAUGGUCUUGCUGCUGGCGCGCCUGGUGGUAUUUGGGGUGCGGCGAAUAUUAUUCCUGAGUUGGCGGUUGAGCUUUAUGAGGCGGUCUCUGUGAAGGGGGAUUUGAAGCUUGGACGGGAGAUUUGGGCUAAGGCUUGGCCUAUUUGCAAUUUCCUUGAGUCGCAUAGCUAUUCGGCUGCUGUCAAGACUGGUGUUGAGUUGAUUGGGCAGCCUACUGGUGGCUUGCGCAAGCCUUUUGCUCUUCUCAACCCGGAGUUGACGGCGGAACUUAAGCAAUUGUUGCAGAAUGCUGGAGUUAAGACUAUUUAG